GGCAGGGCGGGGGCAGGGCCGCCGCUGCUCGCGUUACGUUCCCAGAGCCUGCGGCGGAGGCGCGGGGCUGAGCAGCGGAGGGGAUGGGGCUUGCACAAGCUUCUGCAUUUUCCCUCACAGCCCCGGCGCCGCCUCCCCUGACUGGGCCGCGGUGCCCGUUAGGCCGCUCAGGGUGAGAGCUAGAGCGGGCUCGGGCGGGUGGCACCUCGCCCGGGACUAGAAGGGAGGGUGCAGCGGGGCCACGGCGGGGGGAUUCCGCUAGUCGGGCGGCCCGCGCGUCACCUGAGUGCACCAGCCCCCGCUGCAGCGGGACGGCGGCCGGGACGGAGCUCCCUGCGCGCCCCCCGGGGACCGGCAGCGGCCAGGAGGCUGCGCGGGGCUCGGCCGCUCGGCCCUGCAGCUCCGCGCACCCGGCAGCGGCGGCGGUGCAGCCUCGGGCGUUCGGGCAGCCUCCGAGCCCAUGGCGGGGAGCGACGUGGACAGCGAGGGCCCCGCACUGAGGGGCGGCGCGGCGCGGCGUCCGGGGGCCCCGGGCGGGCCAGGAAGCGAAGCGGCAGCCGGCUGCCCCGAGCUGCUGUCCACUGCUGAAGCGCCGGCUGAGAGCGCCACGCUGCCCGCCUGGAUGCGCCUCUACUUCUACGGGAUGCACGGGAUCACCCUGGACGUGCUGGUGUCCUCGGCCCGGCGCUUCGCCCGCAGCCCGGACCUGCGGAUGCUAGGCUUCUCCUCGCCCUACAGCUGCCUGCUGCACUCGCUCACCCAUUUCGCCCUGGAGAAGGUCUACCUGCAGCAGCGGCGCUGUCCCAGCGCCUUCGUCUUCAAUUUCCUCCUCUACCCCUCGGCCCACGUGGGUCUGCAGACCCUAGCGGGCCAGGCGCUACUACUCAGCCUGGGCGGCGGGGCCGGGGGCGCGGUGGCGCCAGGGGCGCUGGACCUGGCGCUGCAGUACGUACUGGCGCUUUACCACUGCCAAGUGUUCCUGAAGCGCUUCCUGCGCUUGCGGUACGGGCGACAGAGGCGGCGGCGGCAGCAGCAACAGCAACAGCAGCAGCAGCAGCAGCAGCGGAGGGGCGCGCUCCCCGUCGCUCCGGACGCCCGGGUCCCUACUGCGACCGGAGUCCGGCGGCGACGACCCCGUGGCCCCAGGGGCGCCGGGGGAGCCCCUAGCCAGGGGCUGCCCGACCUACCCCGCUUUCUUUUCUUCGGAAUGCACGGCUUUCUGGAUGAGAUCUUCUUCACCUUCUUCUUCAACGUACUGGGGCAGGGGGACGGAACAACCAGCGGCCACACGUCGCUCUGGUCCUUCUUUAUGUAUGGCAGCUGCAGUUUCGUGGUGGAAAAACUCUACUUCCAUCUCCACUACAGCCGCGGUUGGGGCACUUGGAAGCGGGUGCCCAUCUACGUGAUCUUCAUCUACGUGUGGGAGCUUUCCUGGGGUCUGGGACUCCGCACAUGCGGGGCUUGUUCCUGGGACUAUUCUCACUACCCGCUCAAUUUCAUGGGCCUCAUCACCCUGAUGUAUUUACCUGGCUGGAUAUUCCUUAGUGUGUACCAGGACCUAAUUUCCAACGUGUUGUGGAGGGUGCAGUACGUACCAAGUAACUAAAACCAAAAAAGAAAGAAAGAAAAGGAAAAAGUCAUUGGAUUCCCACGAAUGGAUGCGAUUUAUUUUUACACGUUUAAAAUGAAGUGGGUUUUUUAGUCCUUUAAUUUUUAUACACUUUAUUAAAUCUUCCAAAAUGUUUUAUUCCACCUUUUAGUUUUUCUAUUUGAAACCCGUGUAUAAUAUACUUUGAAACAUUACUCGAAACAUAAUUCAAAGUACUUAAUUCGCCAAUGUUUUAAAACGUUUACAAGCCCAAACAGCAAAACCGUUAUACCUUAACAUCAGAAUGGUGUAGUAGUGUUUACCCAUCUGGCCAUAGAUGAGUGAUAACUACUAAUUUUUUUUUGCGGGGGGGGAGGAUCUUUAAAUCAGAGACCAGUGAUUUUUACAAGAUUUGGCUAAAUUUUCUGAUUCAAUGAUUUGUUUACUUUCUUUUUAAUCUAAUUUCAUUUUAAAUCCUUGCCAUAUUUACCAAUGACUGAAGAAACUCAAUGUCUUGUACUCUUGAAACUACAGUUAAUAGCUCUUAAAGUGCCUCCGUCUAGCACACAAGGUGAAAAGAGGCUGAAAAAUGCGAAAGCACGUUCUAUGAACAAAUUUUUAAAUGAGAUCUUUUCUAGUAACUCAGACAGGUGACACUGUGUUAAGAUAUUUGAUCUCCAUCCUGGAAAUGAUUGCUUUCCAAUGUGGGUAAGCCUUAAACACCAGGUGUGUUAACGUUGAUCAGAUCCUGUGUUAUCUAUGGCUGUACAUUUUUGUUACUGUGCAAUAAUGUAAAAUGUUUACCUUACAUAGCCAAGGGCCAAGUGAAACUAUAUCACCUUCCACAGUGUUCUAACUCCAAGGACCCUUUUCUACAUGGAACUUCAAGGGCAGAACAUUACCUUUGAAUAAAAUGAACCUGAAUGUUCACUUUAAUUACAUUAAGCCUAAUUGUUUCCUGUGAAUACAGAUAUGUUUUCAGCAUAUUUCUGCCGUGGCUCUUUUUCCUUCUGGGCCCAGAGUCCUUGGGCCAGGCUUGAUGUGGUAAUGUGCAUUAUAAAUCAGUUGUAGCUUUGUGGUGACUUACUAUUAACGUCUGCAAGCUCUGAAGUUAAAUGAGAUGAUGUAAACCAUUUUAAGAAAUCAUGCCUAAUGAAUAAUGUA